GUACCAUGCUCACCCCUAAUGUCCGGAACAAUGGUCAGUGUCCUUCUAAAGGAAACAAAGGUAGCGUGCCUGAAGUGGGGAUGAGAGGACUACAGGGAAAAGAAUUGUCAAAAGAAAACAAGAAAAAGGACUACAUAGAAAAACCCGAAACCGAAAGAAGGUAGAAAAAAUGAUAACCUACCUAAUAAGAGGAAGAAAAUGGAUGCGUCUAAGACCUUUGCAUCACAACGGCAGCACGCUUGGCCCGUGCAAGACGAAGAUGGUGUUUACGACCUCACCUUGGGAGGUUCGGAGCAAACGAAGGAUGCGAUGUGGGAUCGUAUCGAGGAGAAGUUCUUCACGGCGAUGAAAAAGGACGGCUCAUACCGAACCCGGGACCAACUCACUUCCAAAUGGAGCCACAUCAACCGUAAAGUCCGAAAGCUUAUCGCAGUUUACGAGGAAUGCUCCCACUCCCGGAGGAGCGGGACGAACGACACCGAUGUUCUCCGGCUUGCCACGGCCCGGUAUCAAGACGACGGGCACCAAGGCAAGGUGCCCAUCGAUCUUUGGAGAAUUUUGAGCCGUUCCCCGAAGUGGAAACAACUCAACAAUCUCGACGGCGGAUCGUUCUGGAAAAGAUCCUCCGUCGACGCCGAGGUUGAGGUCGACGAGACUAUCGGUUCGACCGAUCAAAUCCCUCCCUUCAACGUUGCGGAUUCCGAUGACAAGGACCUCAUUCCACGGCCGAUCGGAAGAAAGAAGGCAAAAUCCAUUGCCUCGGGUUCGGGAGGGUCCGGCUCUGUUUCCGUUUCUUCUCGUGACGAAAUCGGCCGGGAAAUGGGAGCCUUUGUGGAAGGAAGAGAGUUGGUACACAAUGUUCUUCUCUGUCAAGAACUUGCAAGAGGAUACAAUCGAAAGAACAUCUCUCCCAGGUGCUUAAUGAAACUGGAUUUACAAAAAGCAUAUGACAAUAUGAGCUGCAAGGCCAUCAUCCAGAUCCUCACCUUGUUGAAGUUCCCUUCAAAUUUUAUUAACUGGAUAAAAUACUGUGUGACUACUACCUCGUAUUCAAUACAUUUUGCUGGAGAGAAUUUUGGUUAUUUCAGAGGGGGUAAGGGCAUUAGACAAGGAGAUCCAAUUUCUCCUCUACUGUUUGUCAUCAUUAUGGAAUACUUGUCAAGAGCUUUUCUGUGGUUUGCAUCUAAAGAGCAUUUUGGUUAUCAUCCAAUGUGCAAGUCUCUAAAACUCAUCAAUAUUAUCUUUGCUGAUGAUCUUAUAGUAGCCUGUAAAGCAGAUAUAAAAUCCAUCACCUGUAUUAUGAGAGCUUUGCAACAUUUCAGGGAUACCACUGGACUCAAUAUCAAUCAGGGGAAAUCUGAAAUUAUCUUUGGAGGAAUCAAACCUCAGGAGGAAAUCGAGCUACUGCAGUUAACCAAGGUGAGGAAAGGACAACUGCCAUUCACAUAUUUGGGGGGUCCUAUUACCUCAUCUAGAAUCAGUGCUAAGGAUUGUGAAAGGCUUAUUGAGAAAAUGACAACUAAGAUCACUGCCUGGACUUCAAAGAACCUCUCUUACGCAGGCAAAUGCAAACUGAUCAACUCUGUGUUAUAUGAACUGGCCUUCUCCUCUGAUACAUUGGUUGAACCUGUACCAUCACAGAUAGAGCACUCUUCAUUUCCUGAUGAAUGUGGUUUGGGGCUGCUGCCAGAACUGUUUUGUGAUGGUGAUCCUCUUGAAACCAGAGAACCCUUACCAGAUUUAGUGGGCAUUGGCUUUUUAGCAAGGUAUUCUUCCGCGUAUUUGGAUGACACAGUUGGUUUCCUACGAGACAUUCUUUUCAUUGAUUGCUCUACCCCAGUGCUGCGCCUUUGCAAGGACUUUCCACGGGUACCUGAAGUCCCCUCUCCUGCCCUCUUUUUCUUGAAAUCACUUCUCAUCUUCUUCACCAUAGGUUCAUCCACGUGCAUCUCGAUUUCUGUUUCAUCCUCCAAAUCAGGAAUCCCCUCCCUCGUCCUCACUUCAGCCGAAUCCGGGCUACAAUUAGCUGACCCAUAUGCAUGGCUUCCAUAACCCAUGUAACUCGAGAUCCCUUGGUCAAUUCCAUCAAACGGAUUCAGGAAGUCCCAAACGGAGGUCGUUGAAGAAGGAGGUGGUGGGACAUCCUCUGGAGGGCUGGGCUUCUUAGCCUGGUUCCUAUUCUCUCAGAUGGACCUAGAGGCGGAUAUCCAAAGAAAUCCUCUCCAUUCUGAUAAUGGGAGCUCCAAUACUCAUUGGAAUAUCCAAUCGAAUCAGGCAGCUCCAGUCUGGCGAAUUACAGUUUUCAUCUCAGGGGUAUGUCUCUUCAUGUAAUAAGCAUGUGUAUCGGAA